GCUCCGCUCAGGACCGCGCGCGCCAGGCAGGUGCAGCUGGAACCUCACCUCUGGGCUGGCUGAUCAAACAGGACGAAGCAGCAAUGUCUGCCAUGGGGGCUGCAUACCUACAUCACCCUGGUGACAGUCACAGUGGCCGGGUGAGUUUCCUGGGGGCCCAGCUCCCCCCAGAGGUGGCAGCAAUGCCCCGGCUCCUGGGGGACCUGGACAGGGGCACAUUCAGAAAGUUGUUGAAGCUGGUGGUCAGCGGCCUACAGGGAGAGGACUGCCGGGAGGCUGUGCAGCGCCUUGGGGCUGGCGCAGACCUGUCGGAGGAGCGGCUGGGUGCCCUGCUCGCCGGCAUGCACACCCUGCUCCAGCAGGCCCUCCGGCUGCCCCCUGCCAGCCUGAAGCCCGACGCCUUCAAGGAGCAGCUCCAGGAGCUCUGCAUCCCCCAAGACCUAGUUGCGGACUUGGCCAGCUUGGUGUUUGGGAGCCAGCGCCCCAUCCUCGACUCCGUGGCCAGGCAGCAGGGGGCCUGGCUGCCCCAUGUUGCUGACUUGCGGUGGAGGGUGGACGUGGCGAUCUCCACCAGCACCCUGGCCCGCUCCCUGCAGCCGAGCAUCCUGAUGCAGCUGAAGCUUUCGGAUGGGUCGGCGCACCGCUUCGAGGUCCCCACAGCCAAGUUCCAGGAGCUGCGCUACAGCGUGGCCCUGGUCCUGAGGCAGAUGGCUGACCUGGAGAAGAGGUGCGAGCGCAGACUGCAGGACUGACACGUGCUCGCCGUUCCCCUUCGGUCACCUUGGGACAGCAGGUCAAACAGGUGUCUCCAAGUGAAGCCUGCCCAU